UUUGGAAUGUGGUAGGAAACCGGAGUACCUGCAGCCCUUUCUCAUUCAGAAAUAAAAAAAAAUAUCACCCAAAUUCACUUCUCUUCACACAUACUCUUGAGCGCUAUUCAACUGGGCGUGGCACUGCCUGUUCACCGUAAAGCAGGGUCAACUAUUAGCAUUUAGCUUUCUUGCUGUAACUCCACAGCACCAUAAGCUAACCAACAAAACAGCAGCAAUGUCUCCACAAAAUAGGAGAAAAUGUUAAUAAAUGAAUUAUUUUCAUAGUUAGAACAUAGAAAACCUGCUUAUGACUUUCUAAAUAUGUGUUUUAACAUUAUUAUAUCCCUGUUGACAUGAAAUAUCACUCCUAUAGUCACCUUUACACACCUAUUAUUCAUUUUAGCUAGUGAGCUAACCAGUUUGCCUCAAACUGAUUUCUUCUAAACUUAAGAAAGGAGAAAAGUGGGGAAGAAAGACAAAGUAAGAAGCCAAAAACUUACCACGUUUACACGGAAUGUUAAUGAUUUCUCAGAAGACCCUGGAGGCUCUGACUUCCUGCAAGUUGGUGGCACAAAGUCCAAAGGCAGCGCUGAGGUGACAAAGAAGCUUCAAACAGAUUAUGAUGUCUGCUGUGAGUGACCAUUUGCCUACGGAGCCCAUCUCUGCGGUUGGAGUCGUCUCGUCACACAGCAAGGCUAUGGAUGACUACUAUGUUGUUGCACAAACAACAGAUGGCUCUGAUGCUGACCUGUGGAAGGACGGCUUAUUCAAAUCCAAGGUCACUCGCUACCUCUGUUUCACUAGAAAACCUGGGCCUGAUGUUGUUGUGGACAUGAAGUUGACUGACAUGAAGGAUGCAUUGCCAGAGGGUUUCACACAUAUUCAAGAGACAUUGGACACAAAAGAUCAGGCAAUGAGGAAGAGAAGGCUUUGUGUGAAACUCAGCCCACGUGCAACAGCGGACACAGCUUUGUAUGACAUCCAGAUCAGUGCCAAAUCCAAAUACCAUCUUGUUCACUACACCUGCAUUGGAGAAAUCAAUAACAUGGGAAUCUGGUAUCGAGUGGGAGAGGUGCCUCAUCUGCAAUUAUCUCAGCAGAGAGCCAGCAAACUUAACAAUGAUGCUCCCUCUGACAUAACCAGGACGACCAUUGGCAGGCCAAGCUAUGAGCACCAGAGCAGUGGCAACUACACAAUGACAGCUAUGGAUGAUGUGCCCUUUGGGAUUGAUCAGAAGUUCUAUGAUACGGCAAAAGAGAUGCAGCGAGUCAAUUUAAUGGGCAUUACGAUCAAAUCCCUGGCACAGAUCGAGGAGGAAGUGAGUAGAGGCUGCAACGCUCGACUGCAGCUGCCGCCGCUGGCCCAGAAUGCAAAGCAAACAAUCUUGGGCUUGUAAUUAAGUGUCUGAGACAGCGAGACCCUGUUGGCUCCACUAAGCCCCAAUUGAAUAAAAGCAUGGCCUGGCGAGGCAGCCAUUCCCUCUUAAAAGCUUUGUCUACUCUUCCAAAGCCCUUGACUUUUAUUCCCCAAUUCUUCUCCCAAACAGUUCAAUCAAGCAUCUCUAGGAACGUGGUAGUGUUCUGGAGGUUUCUUUUAAAAUUCAGAAUCAGCGUCAUCCGCACUGAAUAUGUGAGCUCGGCCAGAGCAGAAAAACACACUCAAUUUCCUUUCCAUUUCAGAUGAAACGCUAGCCUGCAGGAAUUGCUAAGACUCUGUGUGUGUGUGUGUGUGUGUUGUUCAGUAUUUGUGUGUGCUUUAAAUGGAGGGACAACCACCCCCCUUCUCUCUCAUUAGCACAGUACUGUGGUAUCAGAACUGCCAGGAAGUGACAGACCACUGUGAAAGAACAGGUGCUGUUGGGUUUGAGAUGUGUUACAGAGCAAACACUCCCUCAUCAAACCCGGUGUCUGUUCUGCACUCUGCCUCUGUCUUCUGUCACAAACUAUCCAAAUCACACAGAGUCGCCAUGCUGUCAUACGGUCAUCUGAUUGAAGCUCACUGUCAAAGCAGGUAUUAAUGGUGUAUGUGUGUGUGUGUGUGUGUGUUUGUGUGCAUGUAUAAGUGUGAACCCAGACUGGAUACAACCUGGCUGCUCAUCCUAUCUGCUCUCUUUUCUCCUUCCACUACUCGCCGCUCCCUCGCCUCCUUCCUUUCUUUUUAGUGGGUGUGAUUAGCAGGCGGACACAUGGCGAGCUGAGCUGGGGAAGGGAAGGGCAUGAGAAAUCAUUAAUUACAGCCGCGCUGGAGCUGAUGAAGUAAAUGCGAGAUAGUGUAACACGCUGGAUUUAGUGAAGUGGACGACAGCACAAGAUUAAUGGUGGGGCCUGGCUGAUGAGGAUGAAGUCGCAGCUUAGCUUGAUAAUUAGUUUCCAAGUGGGAGCAUCCCUCACUAUUGUGUUAUUUUACUUCUCUCUCCUCCUACUAUUAUGCCAGGAGGCUAUACAUGCUGAAAAAAGCGACAAAAAUAUCCUUAGAGGGACUUCUACAAACACGUUCUUAGAUAACUAGAAAAACAUCAACAGAUUUCAGACCUCAGCCAAGGCCGGACCGUCAUAACAUGAAUGAACACCUUCACCAGUAGAUACGUCCAUCCUUCUGAUGAUCCAAUAGGAUUCAUUCAUUGUUCAUCAAGAAAUAUACCCUAAAUUCUGGACUAUGAGAUGGCUUUAAAUCCUGCAGCUUAAAUAAUGAUGCUUAAAUAAUAAUUACAGUUCCCAUGAUGC